ACCAUAUAUCAAGCCAUGGAUACCGCCAUUGACCUUUCCGAUGCUCUCAAGGCAUUAGACCUUGCUAAUAUUCGUUUCCAGUUGAUUCGACUAGAAGACACAAUUACCUUUCAUCUGAUCGAACGGGUUCAAUUCCCGCUGAACAAGACCAUCUACGUCCCCGGCGGCGUCAAAAUCCCCAACAGCGAGCUCAGUCUGCUAGACUACCUGCUCCGCGAACAAGAGCGCAUACAGUCCCGAGUUCGCCGCUACCAAUCGCCCGACGAGUACCCCUUCUUCCCGGAAGUGCUUGAAGAGCCAAUCCUGCAGCCGCUAGUAUACCCGCGCAUCCUGCACGAGAACGAUGUCUGCGUCAACGACGUGAUCAAGGAGCGAUACAUCAGCGAGGUCCUACCGGCAGUGUGCCCCAAGUUUGGACGGGAGGACCGUGGCGAGACACAGGAGAACUACGGCUCCGCGGCGACCUGCGACGUUGCUUGUUUGCAGGCGCUAUCGCGCCGCAUUCAUUUUGGAAAGUUCGUUGCCGAGUCAAAGUUCCAGAAGGAUCCUGAGACUUUUGUGCGUCUGAUCAAGGCCGAGGACCGGGCGGGGAUCGACGCUGCUAUUACUAAUUCUGCUGUUGAGCUCAAGGUCCUUGAGCGUUUGGGCCUCAAGGCGAAGACUUAUGGCACUGACCCUGCUUUGCCUGAUGAGAAUGGUCCCAAGAUUAACAUUGAUGCUGUCGUUGCUAUGUACAAGGAAUGUGUCAUCCCAUUGACCAAGAUUGUCGAGGUCGAGUACCUCAUGCAGCGACUCAAGGGCACACAAUGGGAAUAAUGAGCACCUGAACAU